AUGAAAAAUAGACAUGCAAUGAACGAUACUCAGAUACAAGUGAAAAGGGCUGACAGUAUAGAAGGGCUAAAUCAAUCACAUGACCUUGCGUUGAAACCAUCAGCAGAAGCAUCAUAUUGA